AUGGGGAGGACAAAUGGGGAGGACUACACGAAGACCACACGGGAGGACCACACGGGGAGACCACACGGAGGACAACACGAGGAGACCACACGGGGAGGAGACAACACAGGGAGACUACACGGGAAGACCACACGGGAAGACCACACGGGGAAGACCACACUGGAGGACAACACGGGGAGGACUACACGGGGAGGACAACACGAGGACUACACGGGGAAGACCACACGGGGAGGACCACGGGGAGGACUACACGGGGAGGACAACACGGGAGACCACGGGGAGGACUACACGGGGAAGACCACACGGGGAGGACAACACGGGAGGACCACACGGGAACCAGAGGAGGACAACACGGGGAAGACAACAAGGGGAGGGACACAAGGAGGACUACACGGGGAGGACCAAGGAGGACUACACGGGGAGGACAACACGGGGAGGACCACACAGGAAGACAACACGGGAGGACUAACACGGGAAGACCACACGGAAGACAACACGGGGAUGACAAGGAGGACUACACAGGGAGGACAACACGGGGAGGACAAACACGAGGAAUGGGGAGGACCACGGGGAGGACUACACAGGAGACACGGGGAUGACAACAAGGGAGGGACGUGGAGGACAACACGGGGAGGACCACACGGGAGGACCACACGGGAGGACCACACGGGAAGACCACACGGGGAAGACAACACGUGGAGGACUACACGGGGAAGACCACACGAGGACUACACGGGGAAGACCACACGGGGAAGACAACACGGGGAUGACAACACGUGA